CAUAACUGCAUCACUUCGUAACAAUCACAACACUAAUCUUGCAGUUUGAUAGACAAGAUGGAAGGCCCAAAGGUACAGUAUAUGCGACAGAUUUAUUUGGAAGGUUAUCAAACAGGUAAUAAACCACAAACUACAAAGUAUGCCGAAUUACGAUUAGAGGCACAAAAGCGUAUUUCCAAAGAAGGUUUCAAUUAUGCUGAUGGAAGUGCAAGUACAGAAAAGACUUAUCAAACAAACUUAAAUGCGUUUGAUCAAUGGCAAAUCGUUCCGAGAAUGUUGGCAGAUACAGAUAUCACAGAUGCAAAUAUGAAAACGGAGUUGUUUGGAACUACAUUUCAAACACCUUUUGUGAUUUCACCAAUCGGCGUACAGGAAUUGUAUCAUGAAGAUGCAGACAAGGCAACGGCUCAAGCUGGUGUGGCAUUGGGUAUUCCAUAUACGCAUUCUACUGCCGCUUCUACUUCAAUCGAAGAUGUUGCUUCAGCGGCUGAUUUGGACAAAGAAGAAAAUCAUGGCUGGUAUCAACUCUAUUGGCCUUCGGAUGAAAAGCUGACAGAAUCUUUGAUAAAAAGAGCAAAGAAGGCAGGCUUCAAAGCUUUAGUCGUCACACUCGACACAUUCGCAUUGGGAUGGAGACCAAGAGAUCUCAAUGACGCCUUUAAUCCAUUCUUAUCAGGAAAAGGUGUUGCAAAUAUGCUUUCAGAUCCUUAUUUUAUCGAACAAUACUGUGAAGGCAAAGAUCCACGUGGUAAAGAAGCAACAAAAGAGGAUCUCUUUGGAGCAUGUGUUCAAGCGGUUAACCUUGUCAAUCCGGGAAUCUCACGUAAGUGGUCAGAAUUAGCAACCUUGCGUAAAUUUUGGGGUGAUGGCCCGAUCAUCUUGAAAGGCAUUCAAUCUUUGUUGGACGCAAAUCGAGCCGUCGAAGCUGGCGCAGAUGGAAUUUGGGUAAGCAAUCAUGGUGGUAGACAAGUUGACGGUGCGAUCAGUAGCUUGCAUUGCUUGUCAGCAAUCGGUCGUUCUAUCCGCGGCUUGCCAUUAUACCUCACUCCUGGUAUCAUCACAGAUCGUAACAAGGCUUCUCAGCCUACUGAUCUGGGAUUGGUAUAUGGCGUUGGCCGAGAAGGUGAUGAAGAUCGCGCCUCCAAGCAAAGAAGGAGACCUUACCUCAUCUUUGAUUCGGGCGUUCGAUGUGGUGCAGAUGCAAUGAAAGCUCUCGCAUUGGGAGCAGAUGCAGUCGCGAUCGGGCGACCAUGGCUAUGGGGAUUAUCUGUAAACGGACAAGAAGGUGUUGAAACAGUUUUCAAGGGAUUGGCUGCCGAUCUUGAGCUGAAUAUGACACUGGCCGGCAUACAAUCAACCACUCAACUCAAUCCAAACAUUCUCGUCAAAGCAGGUCAAGAGCCACACUUGUGAAUGUAUAUUAAUAAACGAAUAUCAUCGAUUAAUGCGGAGG